CCUACGUAAGUUCAGCCGACAAGACACAAUUUUGCUCACAGAUUUACGGAAAGGCGGCGACUGGACCCCGUUUAAGUUUUCGAAAGUAGACAACUGUAAUGUCAGUUAGACACUAACGUUUAACUUCAAUACCACAUCAGACGGCUGCCGUGAAAGGUCUCUGGACGAAUAGGCUACAUCAAGCUGCCGGGAUCAACACUCUGCAGAGCCAUCGGAACAAGACCAUCCGCUCGUCAUGGCCAUGGCCAUGCAAGACUCUCAAACUGGAUCGGUGUUUUGCAGCUUUUACAUCCACUGCAGACAUCAACAUGAAGAAAACCACUACACGAUGGAGGCAGCUGUGGGGAGCGUGCGCUCUGGAAAUCUAGAGUCUCUAAAAAAAGGAGUUCAACUUGUGAAGCUGAAUGGGAAAGAUCUUUUGGGUGUGACUUCAGAAGAUUUUUUGAGAGAAAUGGGAAUCGUCCCGGAGAGUGGGAAUCGUCAACUCUCUUUGACAAUUGAAAACCAUGGAGCAGCUGUUGAUUUGCCUCAAGAGGACUCCUGCGACACCACAGAAGAAACCCUGCUGAUUGUGACGCUGCAAGAUGCUGAGAUUGAAUUGCUGUGUACAGACUGUGGCGACGAGUGUACUCUUGAUGGCACUUAUCCCUUUGCAACGCUCUGGCAAUGUAAAUCAAUGAGGCUGGUGAAUGAUGCCAAUCAGUAUGUGGGAUGGACAGCUUCGGGACCUGGCUUCAGUGACACAGAAGAAAAUAUCAUAAUGGUUGAAAUGGAUAAACAUGUUUUUCUGCAAUUCCCUGCCACCUGGAAGUUCCUAAAAUGUGAGAAAAAGGAAGGGACCUUCACCUUGAAAGCUGAGGAAAAUGACGCACUGAAAAGACUGCUGAGUGCCAUAUCGCAAAAAAAGGCACUUAAAGACAUGACGAAGAUAUUUGAAGACAACAAAUCCUUUUUCUUCCACCUUACACCAAAAAAGGAAAGACAUAUAUAUACAUUUCAGUCUGCCCUAUGUCACAAUCAGUUCAUUUGUGCAACUAGUAAGAAAUUAGGAGUCAAAAAUGUACCCGGAGAGACAGAAAUUGACUCCUAUUUUCGUGUAGAAGCUAAGAAAACAAAGAUAAAAUAAAUACUUGGACAUUUAAAAAAGCUGAAGUGGUGUACACACAAAUACACUUCACUAACAUGUAACAUAUGAGACAUAUGAGAUUAUA